CCCGAAGUCACAACUACCCUAAUGAACUCAAGCAAAGCGUGUGGGCGCUCAGAAACAGAACUUUGAUAUGCUUUUGUGCCAUCACGGGAACCGCGCAAAAAGAGGCAGAGCUGCAUGCUGCUCGAGGGCAGCAGGUUGGACACCUCUCGAAAAAAAAUGGGAUCUUUGGGGUUCUGAGUGCAAAUGACUGUUCAAUAUUUGUUCCAUACGUCUCGGUGUUUUAUUUGUCACACAUUGUUGUAUAAAAAUAGGCAGUAUGCCAUUCUACAGUUUAUCUCCCACGCUGCAGCCUGAUGGUGUGUGCCUAGCGCGCGCGCCCGGUGUCGACUCGAGAUCGCGCAUCUUGGUGAGCUUGGAGCAGAGCACACAAGAGGAAGGGGGAUAGCAAUGAAGAGACACAACGCAAUUGCUCUGUGAUGAUCAGUGUCAACAAUCAAUCAUUCAAUGCACGCUGAUGUGAGAGACAAUUUCGUGUGUGAUGCUGCUUGUGGACGGCAAGACGGACACGCGUGCACAUGGUCAAGCUGUGACCAGCGACAGGUGUGAGAGAUGAAACUGCUUGGCGCGGUGGCCAGGCCACGCCCCUCUUGGCCGUGGUCCAGCCUUGCUCAUGACAACGGGAACAUCACACCAUCAUCAUUGAGGUAUGAAGAUGACUGUACUUUCCUGACAUCCAAACUGGAAUCCCAACAUCAAAACUUUAUUCUGAUUCUUGGAUGAACUUGAAUGAAUUUAAAUUCCUGCCUGAGCAAAGCAAAGCAAAGCUAAUUUAUUUGUAUAGCGCAUUUCAUACACAAGGUGAAAGUGGUUGCUUGGGCCGAACAAGAGUCAGUCAUUCAUGAAGGAGGUACGGACUCACAUGGGACACACAAGUUAUGGAGGCCAAAGGCCAACUAACCUCGGCACCUUACUCCUUAUUACAUCAUCUGAAGCGGAACCUUUGUUGAACGUUCUGAAAGAGGGGACUCUAUUACGUCGUCGGAUGGGGAUCGGUGUGGAAUAUUCGAGAACUGCCUAUUUAAGCUCCUCUCACAUUUUGGAACAGGAAACAAAAGGAGCGCAUGUUGGAGCUACAAGAGAGGAGGCAGAGCCUGCAGGCACUGCUCAGCGCGCGAUUGACUGAGCUGCAACGUGUGUGUCUCCAGGAGGCGGAGCUGACAGGAGCACUACCCAUUGACUUCCCCUUGUCAGCGGGGGAAAAAGUCCCCUUUGUGAGGCGCAGAGGCGAGACGUCCCGAAAAGCAAACAGGAACUCCAAAGGAGAGGAAGAGGAUGGUACACAUGUGAGGACUAAUAGAACUUUAUUCAGCAGCACACGGCGAAAGCACAAUGACCGUGAAGACACCCACGUACUACAUGGAAAGAUGACUGUGCACAGAGGUUGCCAUACCGACGACACAGUGAGGUGGGAGAGUAGCUCCACAUCGGACUCUACAGGAAAUGACAAUGAGUUUUUGCCUCAGAAUCGCCCCCUGUUGGUGCUUGCUGGUUCUCCAGUGGAAAAUUACUAUCACAACAAACAGAGGAAGAGUUCAUUGUGUGACAGGUUUGAGCAUCCUGAGAGUCUUCAAAGCCACAAACCUAUUCCCCAUCCUCCUGCCCAACCUUGCUCCCAUGUCAGCUCACCAUCUGCGCGGUCUGCAGAGCCUGUGGCCUUAGAGGAGUCCAAAAUAUGCAUGACAGCCCGUCCCAGUAACACCUCUUAUAAGCUGCAGGAGCGUGUGGCUUCCACCAAGAAGGGACAGCAGGGUGACAUGUGGAGAAACAGUGUCACGAGAUCCCAGGAGGCAAACACGAGGCUGGCUGCGGGGCAAGGGUGUGGCUACAGUGACCUUUUGUUAGACUUUGUGUUAAGCAAACAGCGCCAGCAGUCACAGCCUAUCACUUCUCAGCAGCCUCAAGGAGUGCCACCAAGCUACCAUAUCCACAUGGGUGAGCGGCGGGGUGUCAAAGUGACCCGCACCAAAUCCUGUGGCCCCUUCUUGCCUGUGCCACACAUCCAGCCAGACCCCAAACCCCACCUUCUUCCCCCACAGCUGGCCGCGGCCCAGGAUGCAGACCUAGAGGACGCCACCAGGAGCCUCCACAAGGCCCUCGCUCUGGAAGGUCUAAGGGAUUGGUACUUGAGGAACACCAUGGGCUCUAACCACACUAAUCAGAGUGAUGGGAAGGUUAAAAGUCAGAUGGGAGGAGGUUUGCACCGUCGACAGACAAGUCACAGUGUCCUCAUGCAGUCGGAGGUGGGACCUCGCGCACAUCAGCCACUGCCUGACUCUUUCACCUUCCAUGGCCACGCACUACACAGUAGGUCUGUAGAUCCCUUAAGAAAAGCAGCCUUAAAACAAGCAUCACCAGGAACUUUGGUCUAAGAAAUCCGUCAUUUGGCAGGCUCUCUGCGUUAUCGUAGCACUGUGACCGAGAAUCAAAAUGGCUGUCCUUAGAGGAAGAGCUGACAUGUUUCAGGAAGUAGCUGGUGGCUGAGAGCCAUUGCACAUCAGCACCUCAGUUUUCGCCCUUUGCCAUGAGCCAAAAGUUGAGAAGGAAAGGAGCAAAUGACAUUGAAGAAGGUUUAUUUUGCAAUGUGGAUGUCCUUCUUGGAUGACUCACUGACUCAGGCCAGUCUAAUAGUAACAUGAUGAACUUUUAUAUUCUAGCAAUACUAUAAUCAAAUGAGCACAUUUUUCAAUCAACUACUGACAAUCACAAUACACUGGUUUAAAAAAAAAUGUCAGUUGUCUCCGAGUCGCUGAUUUAGAAGUGGUACAUUGGACGGACCGGUACAGGCAGAAUGGGUUCAGUUCCUACUGAGUGAGUGUGAAUGUGAGUGCAAGUGGUUGUCUGUCUGAAUGUGCCCUGUGACUGACUGGUGAAGAGUUAAGGGUGUAGUCUAAAGUCAGCUGGGAUACACUCCAGCACCUGUGAUCCUGAACAGGAUAAGUGGUAUUGAGAAUGGAUGGAUGGAUGUUGUCAUUUUUUUCUACUGAUUUAGGACAAUUUUGCAUUGCUGAAUCUGAGAAUGACAUGUCUUGUUCAUAUUAGGUUUUUAUGCCAAGUUGUUGCCAGUUUUUUAAUCAAAUGUGACAAAAUCCUCUUCCUGUAAUUAGAAUACUUGACUGAUAAAAGUACAUAUUGAUAAAGUAAAUUUUUCUGAGUCUUUGUUCUAACUUCAGAGCAUGAAACCCAGCUUAUUUGAGCCUCUAAAAAGAAAAUCUUUGCAUCUAAACAAAAUGUGAUUAUAGUUCAAAAUGUACACCUGAUUGAGCAAAGCCAUUGUGAUAUUUCAAUUCAACACAUCAAAAUUGUCCUAAAUCAGAUAAAAGAUUAUCAACAAUUUGUUGUUGACAGUUGAUUAAUCAGUCUAUUAAUCCAGUGAAUGUCGACAUCGGGUAUAUUGAUUAUUAAGUGACUGUUUAUAGAUUUUACUUGAUAUCAGGUCACUUUAAUCCAAGUGACGCUGGCACAUUCUAGUGUCUUGUGUUUUUGAAACUCCAUGUCUAUUACUGUUCUGUUUCUAGAAUAUCGAAGCUUCACCCACGUUACAAACUUUAGUGUGUUUGAUUGGCUUUAAGGACCGACAUCAUGCAGGUUGGGAAUUACAGUAUUUUACAGUGGUGAGAUGUCAGGGCUAGCAAGCCUCUGCUAACUUCAACAACAUCAGAAGACGUAAAGACUCAGGUUAUGAGUUGGACCCAGAUGCAAAGAUUAGAGAGAGGGCAGUUCACGAACAAAUGGUUGGAGCGAACAAAAAUGGGUUCUGAGAGCUAACUCCAGGGUUGGCUAGAUUCCAAGGAGGAACACUCUGGCAGAGUGGGUGUUCGGGUUGUCAGUGUGUAAGUGGGAGGUCAACACAGGUAGGCAGGGACCAAAGCCAGAUGGGAAGAAUGGGUUAGAGCAGGGGUGGGCAAACCUUUUGACUCACGAGCCACAUUGGGUUCUAAAAUUUGAGAGCGGCUGGGCUAGGUCCUCAUCGCACAGUAUGCACACGGAAAUAAAUGUACAAACCGUUUAACUAACAGUGCACACUGAGGAAUGUGUAUUCCAAAUGUGUAAAAUAGCCCUCAUUCAGGCAAUAUGUUUGUCUCAAUGAAUAUGCAAGAUGUUAUUUAUACACUUUAUGGCACAAUAUUUGGAGGAGAAAAUGUAAAUAGAUUAAAAUAGCACAGAAUAUGUUUCGAUUGUAGACUCAAAUUUAAAGAAAUCAACAUUUAUUGAACAAAGAUGUAACUUUCAUCAUUCAAAACAUAUUAAUAAAA